GGCACUGCGAUAUUCCUAUAUGUAUAUGUUUGAAACCUGCGCCCAAGGGUGACGGCCAUGUCGACGUGGACCCUGCAGUGCUCCCCCGUUGCAACCUAUGCACACUUUCGGUUAGCGACUAUUCGUACAAAGAAACAACCGUUUUUAGGGAACGAACAGGUUCAUCUCAAAGCAAGUAAUCGUCGCGCCGGAUUACUCUUGCACGCAGCAUUUGGGCUAUGAAUGAAGACCCAACCCUUUCACCUCGAGGUUUUGGCAGUGUUGCUUCUAUCUGUGAUUCCAUGGCCGGGUCCCAGCGUCUUUAAAAUAUCAUGUCCUCGCGAUCGAGCGUCUGUAGUGAGGAGGAUAGUUCACAAGAGAUGGAUGCCAAUACUGAAGAAAUAUCAGGUAGAAUUACCAUUGGAAUGCCCGUUCCACGAGAGUCGAGAUAUUUUUCGACCACAGCAAAAGGCAAAGCAUCAACACAGGCCAUCACAAUGGACCUGCGGCCUUUGCGGCAAAUCCUUUUACGCCGAGAAACAUUUGGACGCCCACUUCGAUAACAGACACAAGAGCAAUGUUAAUACGGCAGAAGAUGCGGUAUGCCUAGCGGACUACUGCGACAUUAUGCGUUGCGAGGUACUGGGCAACCGCGACUUCGAGAAUUUGGUGGACGACGAUGGCGGUCACCUGAACACCGACAUCCAGAUAUGGCGCGAAAAUACCGAGCAGCAAAAGCAACAGCAACAGCGGCGCAGCACUUCUGUCGUGCCCUGCGGGUCGCGUGGCCUCGCCAGGAUGUAUCCUACAGAUAAGUCCUGCGCCAUUGCUGGCGGUGGAGCGGUGACGAAUCUGCAACGUUACUGCCGUCGUGACGACCAUCAUGACGACGGUGAUAUGCACAAUCAUAGAUUAGCGAGAUCAUCUUAUCACAAUGAGAUCGCCGAAACGGAUAAUAAGAAUGAUUGCGAGGAGGAUGAGGACGAGGAAGACGAAGAGGAUAUGGAAGAUGAGGAGAAUCUAGUAGAAGCAGCGCUACCUGCUGUCGACAAAAAGAGACGGCGAGGACUGCAUUUAAGAAAAUUAAAAUCCAACUGUAAGCCAGAAGAGUUGCAGAAAUUGAAGACCCAGUGUGAAAUACUCGUACGCGAUUGCAUCGCCGGAUUACUCGCUAAUCUUUCUGUACGAGAUUUUCAAGAAAUCGAAGGGGAGCUAAAUCGAGCAAUCUGCUGGUAUCUCAGCUGUGAUAGAUAUUGGGAGGACACAAAAAGACCGCAGCGUCACACACCCUGGUACUUGCUGACUGUCUUCAUGCUGCUCCUGUUUUCGUCGAUUUACGCAUGUUACUACAUAAUCUGGGUUUGCUUUAAUACCGCAGAUGAAGAUAGAUUGGACGGUGGAAGCGUAGAUUACAACGGAAGUACGGAUCGCUCAAGUACUUCUCCGUUACACGAUCCGAGUAUUCAUAACGAGGGCAGAUUGGACAGGCGAAAGGGCGAUCAUGGAGAUGAGAAUCUGCCCCUAUCGAGCGAGGACAUGCCUGAUCACUAUAUCUAUGUCUCGUACCCGCCCGAACUAAAGCGGCGACUUCUGGAGAGUGAUCCUCCUACUUACAGCUGCUACAAUAGGACCACACGUCUGUAAAUUAGGAAGGAAGUGAUGAAAUUAAAAUUUUAUUCGAGAUCUGCACAAGGAAAGGUAUUCGAGGCUGAACUCCUCACUCUCAUUUUUCUCGUUAUCUUCGUGUUUUGUAUACCGAAUGUGAAUAAAUGCAUCGUGGACAUGACAUCAACUGCUCGUUCCAUUUCUCUUUAUUCUCUUAUCUUCUGAAAACGCUGAAUCAUCAAUCAUGAAAAAAACUAAGAUAGAAAAAAUUGGAAAAAGUUCCACUUUAUUUUGACUAGAAGAACAUUUGAUCAAAGAGUUUUGACUAAAACUAAAACCAAUAAGUCAUCUUCAUAGUUCCAUCAGAAUCGCGUUGAGUAUCCAUCACGCUGGAUUGGCGAACCAAACGGCGAAUAUUUGUCGUGCUUGGCCGUUGAUGUUCUUCCAAAAUGGAUGAAGUAAACAAUACUUUGG